AAAAAAAUUAUUAAAAAAUAUUAAAUAAAUUUGAAAAUCGAAUAAAAAAUACGAUUUUCAAAACAAACAAAAUAAUUUAAAUUUUUAUCAAACAAAAAAAAAUAUUUUUAUUACCAUCGAUAUUUUUUAUCAUUAAAAGUGGAGAAUUUAUCAAAAAUAGGGACACUAAAUAUUGAUGUACUAAGACAACGAAUGAUGGUGGCAGAAUUUGUCGCCCGACAACAAUCUGGUUCGCCAGUUAACGGAGAAACUGCUAAUCAAAAUCACAAUUCAAAUAUGCCAGCACACAGUGCUCUUCUUUUGGCCAAUAAUGGUCCAUUAUCGCCCGGAUCUCCCGGACCCGAAAAUUUCCCGUCAAACAAUUUGAACAAUUUCGAGUUGGCAGCACAAAUGCGGAAGAAGGAUCUCUUUUCGCAGCGCAAACAACGCGAAUUUAUCCCGGAUGCGAAAAAAGACGACAGUUACUGGGAUCGGCGUCGUCGUAAUAACGAAGCGGCGAAACGUUCACGUGAAAAGCGUCGUUUCAACGAUAUGGUAUUGGAACAACGUGUGAUUGAGUUGACUAAAGAAAAUCACAUUCUGAAGGCACAAUUGGAUGCGAUCAAGGACAAAUAUAACAUCAGUGGGGAGAAUUUGGUGAGUGUGGAUCAAAUUUUGGCGACGAUGCCGACGAGUGAUCAAGUCUUGAGUUUCACAAAACGUCCCAAGCUGAGUCGUAGUCCGGGUUCGUGCAACGAAAAUAGUACGCCAGCACCGUCGCUCAUGUACCCGAACUCGCCAAGUCCCGUACCGACAUCCGUUAUCCAUCAAAAUAUCAAUGGAUCCACCGUUUCGCCUCCUCCGUCAGUUCCUCAAGUAAUCAAUAAUGCGCAAGCUCAGCAAAUUCAGCAAAUUCAACCUCAAUCCUCGUCGCAACAACAAAACCAGCAGCAGCAGCAACAACCCCUCUUGCAUCCGCACAUUCAAUCAACCGCCGCGGCAAUGCCGCAAUUGCAUCAUCAUCUGCAUCAAUUCAGACCGCAACAGCAAACGAGUCCCCAGCCGCAACGCGUUCCCGAGCCAGAUGCCGAUUACUUGUCGUCGCAUCAUCAUCCGCAUCAUUACGCAUCCGCCGCCUACGCCUACCAUCAUCAGCAACAGCAAAACCAGCAACUCAGACCCGAAAUGCCCAGCAAGGAGUCCAUCAGUGUGUUAAACUUGUCACGACGCGCCCACAGUCCGUACGAAAUUUCGAGCGGCGGCAGCGUCGACGAGGACCACGAAACGCAUGCAUCGCGCGAAAACGACACAAAUAACAGUUUGCCAUUAAAGUUGCGACACAAAUCGCAUCUCGGCGACAAAGAUGCCGCUACGGCACUUUUGGCGUUACACAAUAUCAAGCAGGAACCCAAUCCGCGAUGCUCGCCGCCGUGGGAUGGCGAAGGCUCCAGCGACGAACGUGACUCAGGUAUUUCCAUUGGCGCCGCAGACUGGACUGCGAGUAUUCAACGCAAGAUUAUCGUGCCCGUUGACACCCACAAUAAAGAUGCCGAAGAGGAAAACAUCCAUCUCAAGUCGCAACUCGCCCGACUCGAAUCCGAAGUCGCUACCAUUAAGAACAUGAUGAUCGUCAACACGAGAAACGGUGCUACCGCAGCGGCACAAUAAAUCUAAGACAUGCAUUGAAAUAUGAUUGAAUUAUUUUCACUAUUAUAUAUAUAUUUUUUAUAUAUAAUUCUAUAUGUAUAUUAAUUAUUAAUAACAAGAAAUGUAAAAAAAACACACAUAAAAUUAUGCAAAAAAAAUAAUUUUUAAGAGUCAGAUCAGUUCCAGUGUGAUUAACUAUUAUAUAUAUUAAAUAUAUAUGAAAGGAUCUUAAUUAGAGAUCACGUUUUUACGUCAUAAAUUUUAUUAUAUAUACUAUAAAAAAAUAAAAAGUAAGAUAAAAAUAAUAUUUAAACACAGAAAGAAGGUCCAUGAAACGAAAAGAAGGCAUAUUUUAUUAUAAUAAUGGUAAAGAUAAAUAUUAUUAACGAUAAGAGUAUUGAUACAUAUAAAUAUAUAUAUGAAGAAAAAUAUAUUAGUCAACAGUUUUUUUUUUAUUAUCCACACUUAACUUGACAAAAAUAUAAUAAAUCCAGAAAAAACUUGA